AUGGCUAAGAAGAACGGAAAGAACACCAGAAACGCCAGACAGGCUGAAUCUUUUGAAUUGGCAUCUACAGAUUUGGAGAAACUGCCCAGAGCUGAGAAAACAGACUUAUCCAAUAUCUUGAUCAGAACUGCUGCUAAGAAUGAAGCAUUAUUAGAAAAGAAGAUGGCAAGAAAGGGUAAGAAUGAUAGAAGCAAAAUCACUAAGAAGACUUUAGAAAAGAAACUAGCCUCUUCCAUCACGGCCAUGGACAAAGAUCGUUUAGAAAAGGCAUUGAAUUUCACUAAUAGAUUGGAUGGUAAGAUUGCCAAGUCUAAAUCCCGUGCCAAGUUCGUUCAAAGCACAAGAAAGGCUGGGUGGGACAGUACAAAUGAGGCGAUUAAACGUGAUCUAAUGUUACAAGCAGGAAUAUUGGCGGAUGCCACGGCCAAGACAGAAGCAGAAAGCCGAAGCACCCUAAACACCAUGGGUGAGGACGCCAUGGUUGAUGAAGAACAGAUAGAUAUUGUAGAAGAGACCACGGAGCUGCCAACUGCCAUCGAGGAGAAGACAAGCAUAACCCUCAAGAAGGUGAACAUGUUUGACAUGUUGCCGGCCGAAGACGAGGAGUAA